AUGAUACACCUCCCAUCAGUAGUAGAGAAAAACAUGAUGAUGUCACACGCUCUAGUAAUAUUAGUUUUAGUAAAUAUAGCUAUAAGCCAGUCUUGCUACUGGAACGAUGGGUGUGCAUAUCAGCUGUUCUCUUCGAAAACACCAUACGAUACUGUGAGGGGAGACAUUAGAGAUUAUCCAACACCGGCAAACUGUGAAGCAGUUGCUCUCUGGUCGCUGAACCGGCACGGCAACAGGAAUCCAGGUAACAGCGCGACUGCAAGCAUGCGUGCCAUCGCCCAACUGCAAGACGAAAUUGUCAGCAGUCACUACGAGGGCAAGGGGCAGCUGUGUGCUCAGGACAUCGAAGACAUCAAGCGAUGGAGGUGGAACGAGACUCUAGAUGAGUCCGCCUCCUUCUUGACUGGAGUUGGGUAUGAAGAGUUGUAUGAGAUCGGGAAGAGACUCCGAGAGAAGUAUCCGCAUCUGGCUGAAGGUACCGAGGACGACUAUUACUUCAGAACCACGUAUGAACAGAGGACGAUCACCAGUGCUAUGGCGUUUGUGCAUGGUUGGACUGAAGGUAGCCAGAUAAAUCCUUCUGUUGAUGGACCUUGGGAGCACGAUGAUGUCAUCAGACCGUAUGAAAACUGUGACAGAUAUCAGCAAGAUGUGAAAGGUGGACAGGCGGUUGUAGACCAAUUGGAAGACUAUUUCAACAACCCUGAAUUUAUAAACGUCAAAAACAAUGUCCAAACGCGUCUUGGCAUUUCAACCCAGUUGUCUUCCGAAGACGUCCACUCGCUGUACGAGCUUUGUCGCUUCUACCGCUCGUGGGAGCCGAAGCUCAAGUCGCCCUGGUGUGCUGCCUUCAGCAACGAAGACUUGCUGGUUGUGGAGUACAGAGAUGACGUCACUCACUACCAUAGGAACGGCUAUGGGUCAUGGGUGAGAGGAACUACAUAG